AUGGCACGAAUUAUUUCGAAAUCAGAUCCAGCAGAUCCUGAGGACGUCUAUAGAAAGGCUGAGGAGUUCUGGUCAAAUACAAGCAAGGAUAUCGACGGCAUGCUUGGAGGUUUCGCUCAUUUACACACACCCGAUAUUAAAUGCUCGAAGGCUUUCAUCGAUAAAUUGAGGAAAAAGAAUUUGCUUGUUAACACGAAUCGAGUAGCCGAUUGUGGAGCUGGUAUUGGGCGGGUUACUCGUCAUUUACUGUUGCCUAUCUUUAACAGUGUGGUAAUGGUGGAGCCUGUAGCGGAAUUGCUUGAAAAGAGUAUUUCAUAUGUAGCUGACAAUGGCAAUGUAAUGAGAGUGAAAGUUGGACUGCAAAAUUUCUAUCCUGAUAUGUGUAGCUUUGAUAUGAUUUGGAUUCAGUGGUGUUCUGGUCAUUUGACAGAUUCUGACAUGGUUAACUUCCUAUCCCGUUGCAUAGGCCACCACAUUUCGUUUUGUUCUUUCAAGGAUGGACUCACAGAGAAUGGCGUAAUAGUGUUCAAGGAUAAUCUCUCUGCUCAGCAAGAAUCCGAAUUCGACAGCGAAGAUAAUAGUUGGACUCGACCAGAGAAGCUUGUUUUACAACUGUUCGAAAGAUCGAAACUAAGAGUAGUGACUGAGAAUGUCCAGACAGGUUUUCCUAAGGGUAUGUAUAAAGUUAAAAUGUAUGCACUGAAGCCUAUCAAGAAGGAGUUGGGGGAUGUUUGA